AUGGCCGCCGCCUCGGCUGCGGUGGACGAGCUGUCCCGGAACUUCACGUACUGGGCGCUGGGCGCCGGCAACGGCUCCCUGUCGGGCGCGUGGUACCGCAGGAACCAGAUUCACCUUUUGGGAGUUUUGCUAGCCAUUUUAGGAAAUUUGGUAAUGAGUAUUUCUCUAAAUAUUCAGAAAUAUUCUCAUGUCCAGCUGGCGCACCAGGAACACCCAAGGCCCUACUUCAAGAGCAUGUUGUGGUGGGCUGGGGCCGCUCUCAUGGCUGUGGGGGAGACAGGCAACUUUGCAGCCUACGGAUUUGCUCCCAUUACUCUCAUUGCGCCAUUAGGCUGUAUAUCUGUUACAGGUAGUGCCAUUAUUUCUGUUAUGUUUCUGAAAGAAAACUUAAGAGCUUCAGAUUUACUAGGUAUGACAUUGGCAUUUGCGGGAACAUACUUAUUGGUGAACUUUGCCCCAAAUAGAAGUCAGUCUAUCUCUGCAAGAACAGUACAGUAUUACUUUGUUGGCUGGCAGUUCCUGAUCUAUGUGAUUUUAGAAAUAUUAAUUUUCUGCACUCUGCUAUAUUUCCAUAAGAGAAAGGGAAUGAAGCACAUGGUGAUACUGUUAACCCUGGUGGCACUUCUCGCCUCGCUGACGGUUAUCUCGGUAAAAGCAGUCUCAGGCAUGAUCACUUUUUCUGUGACGGAUAAAAUGCAACUAACUUAUCCCAUCUUCUAUAUCAUGUUUAUCAUCAUGAUCGCAUCUUGUGUUUUCCAAGUCAAGUUCCUGAAUCAAGCCACGAAACUCUACGGUACAACGAUGGUGGUGCCGGUCAACCAUAUUUUCUUCACGACCAGUGCCAUUAUUGCAGGUAUCAUAUUUUAUCAGGAGUUCCUUGGCGCAGCUUUUCUAACUGUAUUUAUAUAUAUUUUUGGGUGUUUUCUGUCAUUCCUUGGUGUGCUUUUGGUCACAAGAAACCGAGAAAAGGAACAUCUGCCACAAUCUUACAUUGAUUUUGGAAAUAUUCCUGGGAAACAAAUGUUGGACAAAAUACAACCAGAUUCAAAUGGCUUAUCCUAUGGAACUUUGCCUGAUGGAAGUGACUCAACAAAGAGCCAAAGUGGAGAGAAGAAAGAGGUCUAAGCCGCCGAGAGGGAAUGGCUGCUGGCCUGUUAUUCGAUACCACCUUUAAA